AUGGUAACCUCCAAAGAGUCUCCCACUUUUAGAGUCCAUCAAGAGGUCUGGACUAAAUCUUAUGGAUCCUCCAACACUCGGUGGCUUCCUGCCACAAUUGUGGAAACUUUGGGACCCAAGAUGUACAGAGUUCUCCUGGAAGAUGGUUUCAUUACCAGACGACAUGUCGACCAGUUAUGGUCCUGUUGCCGGUUACCUGAAUCCUUUACCCAAAAGCUUCCUAAGUCCAAAUCCAGUGAGACAGAGGACAUGUGGGAUGAAGUUUGGGUUGACUCUCAAAAUUUUAAUGCACCUACAAGGGUGACCUGUGCUUCUGGGUCUGAGGGUUCUCAUGCCCCUGACCCCAUUUUUUCAACCUUGAACCAAGCACCUUCCUCUUUUUCCUGUCCUGCUACCUCUGACACCCUAACUGUUGGUGGCCGUCCCCAGCGCCACCGCCACCCUCCUGACCGCUUACAACUUCAGGAAUGCAUACGGGACUUCAGUCGGUCCUCCCAUAGGACCCGGAAAUUUCCUGAAGGGUGUUUGCCCCCACAACUUCCUUCUGAAGACUAG